GGCCGCCAUACGCGCCUACGCAUUUUCGUGAUGUCAGUUGAGCAGCGACAGGCUACGGCACAGUGUUAAAAUUACUGAUGGCGCAGGAGGCGGACGAAAUAGAUAUAAUGAUUAAUUAUCACGGGGGUUUCGAAAAAAUAGAUCGGAAAAACAGCCGUUAUCCUUAUUGCGUCGUUUGGACACCUAUUCCAAUACUCUCGUGGUUGCUCCCCUUCAUUGGUCACAUGGGGAUCUGUACUUCUGCAGGUGUGAUAAGAGACUUCGCUGGAUCGUACUUAGUGUCUGAAGAUAAUAUGGCCUUUGGAAGACCAACAAAGUACUGGAAGCUUGAUGUUGAUAAGGUGUGUGGCACUGGCUCAGCUGCCUGGGACAAGGCAGUGCACGACGCAUCGGAGGAGUACAAAUGCAGGCCGCACAACCUCUGCUGUGAUAACUGCCACUCCCACGUGGCCCUGGCCCUUAACCUCAUGCGCUACGACAACAGAACGUCCUGGAACAUGGUCAACCUAUGCCUGUGGUCCCUUAUCCACGGCAAGCAUGUCAGCUGUGUGUCGUUCCUCAAGACCUGGCUGCCCUUCCUUAUGUUGACUGGAGCCCUCGUCACCUUCAUCCUAACGCUCAACCUGCACUGACCACACAAGGGACACGAAGAAGGAAACGGAGGGGAGAGAUAAUACGAGGGAUUUUCCUGCUCCGUUGUAAUCAUAAAAAGUGAAAGAAGAAGAAUAAAUGUUUCGAUGGGACACUUCUUUGUGCAGUGCUAACAUUCACACCCUCAUGAGGGCAGUUAUGUCCAGCUGUUCUGGCUUGUUUUGAAGUACCUUUUACUAGAUUCAGAAAGGAAUGUCAUAUAAAUGAAUGUUUGGCUUGGGAUAGUCAUAACUAUAUAUAUAUAUAUAUAUAGAACUGAUAUAGCAUCUGCUAAAUGACGAUAAUUUAAAUGUAAAUAUAUUGUCUAUUGUCAUAAAUUCAAUUUGGUCUCUCUUACUGACUCCUAACCCCCAUUUAACCAGUGUGGGCCACCCGUCACUCUUAAAUGCCCCCAGCUUAUACCCACUCAACAUCAUUUUACUUUAUAAUUGUUUACUAUAUUUUAUCAGACAGUGUUUGUUUUUCAUGCAGUAAGUUCGCUGAAGCAACAUGCUUGGGAAUGUUAAUAUACUCUACAGUAGUCCAUAUGCAUGACCACUCAUUCGAUAGAAUUACAGAAAUGAUGGGCAAUAAGCUAUACCAUAGGCUAGUAAAGUCAAAUCAAAUUGUAUUUGUCAUGCUUCGUAAACAACAGGUGUAGACAAACAGUGAAAUGCUUCCCAUCAAUGCAGAGAGACAGAAAAUAUAGAAAAGUAAUAAUAAAUACAGCGUAACGCUAACCUUGCUUAUGGGGUAGCAGCACAGAGUCGAUCUGCAGGGGUACGAGGUAAUUGAG